GUGUGUGUGCGAUUGUUUUGCUUUAACUUGAAACCGAUUCAAUGCUUUCGAUUCAGUUCUGAUUUGAUUAUACAGGAGUAAGCACACGCAACCAGCCAACACCAGAAAACACACUCUGUCAUCGUCGGCAAAUUAUUUUUUCGAAGCGAAAAAGAGAGUGAAUAAGAAAAAUUCGUUCAAACGAAACGAAAAAAAAAACACCGAUUUAGGUACAUAUUGUUUGUCACCAAAAUCGAUUUGGUUUUAUUUCGGAAAUUAAAAUAAAAGUCGAGAAAGAAUUAGAAAAGUGGCCAAUUUUUCGUUGGGCUUCAAAUUGUUCAAAUCAUUUUUUGGGUUAAUAAAAUUCUAUGAAUCUAUCGUUAUUUGGUACGUGAGUGUGUGCGUGUGUAUCGUUUGUUUUCUCCAAUUUUGAUUUGAUUUUGUUUUCAUCGUACGACCAAGAAAGAAACACGAGCCUAAGAUUAAACUUGAACCGAAACACACAUAGAGACACAAUAAUCCGAAACGACUAGAGUCGACAUAAUCGCGGAAUAGAAGAGACAAAUAUCGACGAUAACACGGGCGAGAUUCUUGUGCGAACGAAAAACGAGAAAAUUCGAUUCGAACUUAUAAAAAAUUGUUUUUUUUUCUUCAUUCAAUUUGUUUUUGUUUUCCCUCUUUCACUGUUUGACGGAGCAAAUAAACAGCAGAAAAAAAAAUUCGUUCGGCUUAAAAUAGAUUGGACGCGAUUUUCAAACGUGUGAAACAGUGAUAACAACAAGCGACAACGAAUCGCAAGCGAACGAAAAAAAAUUCAUUUCGGUCACUCAACGCUUUUUUACGUGCAUUUUUUUCAAAAAUCAUAACGCGACACCGGCUCUUUUUUUUUUCUAUAAUAAACAUUUCCGAUUGAAUCGCUCAAGUCUGUCAUGCAUUUUUUAGCAAUAAUAUGCGAAAUAAAAAGUGAGAGAUAAAUUUACAAACAAAACGGUGUGACAAGAGGUGAAAGCGACCAACAAAUCCAUCCUCACAACUCAUUUUGCUGUUCGGAUUUCAAACGCAACCAAUUUGCCGAUGUCAUUUUAUAUAUCGACGGUGGGAAUAGAUAACGUUUCUUUUGUACACGACUAGUUUUUUGAAGAGAGAGAGAAAAACAAGAAGAAAAUCAGAGAAAAGAACAACAACAAUAGCCGCAGCAACAACAUACACAUCAAGAACAAAGAAGCUAGUGUCAGCAGAAACGAUAUAACAACGAGUCGAGCCAAUUCUAUGUACUGGAUCUGGUUAAUUCAAGAUCUCUCUGUGUGGAAAUAAAACAACAGCAACGCGACACACGAAAAAAAUUGAUCAAAAUCUUCGCUCAACGAAAAUCAAAAGUGCGUCAAAUGCAAGCGAAUGAAGUAUUACAAUUUACAGUCAUAAAAAGCAUAAAUUAUUUGACCAGUUGGUGUAUGCAUCAAAGCAAAACAACCUAACGAACACUGCAAAAGCGCAACAAGCAUAAUUUUUGUGUUUUCUAAAUGCGAAAACGGAAUUAAAUUGAGCAACAGAAGAAGAAGAAGAAGAAAAAAAAACAAGCCGAAGAAGCCGGCCAACGAACUAAACGCAAGUUUAUAAAAAUUCGUGUGCAUCGAUUUUUGUCAUCGUUUUUUUUUUAAAUUGUGUAAACGGGAUUGUAUUCUGUUGCGGGCUGGUGUGUUACUUUGGACACUUUGUUUUGGGGACAAAGCAAAUACCAAGCGAAUAUAACGCAAUCGCCAAAUCGAUUUGACAGACGGACAACGACGCUCUGAAUUUUCGGGGACCGAGAAGACGAUAUCGAAGCAGCGAUAGACAACAAGAAAUAUCCAUCCGAAGAAACACAACGCGGGCACAAAAAACUGUGAUACCAUUCACCUACCCGAUAAGCGAUCUAUAUAUUGUGAUAGAGACUCUUGUUUUUGCUCUCACUCACUCCAUUGACCGUUCGUCUCAAGGCGCGCUGUGAAUUGUUUACCGUUCAAUUGCUGAGAGUUUUUUUUUCCAAAACCGUUUUUCAUCGGCGACAGAAGUCAUUGUGAUUACUUCUUAAAUGUUUUCAAUUGUCGAGUGCUACACCGAAAUGGGACACAUUAUCGGCCAAGAUUACGGGCUGAAGCAGCAUUUUAUGGAUCAAAUUGAGCUGGACCAUGUCACACAGGUCAUCGGCUAUCAUCCGAGUUAUUUAGAACAUUUCUUAAAGAUACAAACGUUCAUUAUGCAAGGUGAUGGACCAUUACCAUAUGAUUAUCGACAUUAUUUGGCCAUUAUUGCUGCGGCACGUCAUCAAUGUACAUAUUUAGUGAAUUUACACAAGAAGGAGUUCCUCGAACAGCACGGUGAUCCAAAUUGGUUGAAGGGCCUCGAAUACAUCCCAGCCAAAUUACGUGCCAUUUAUGAUAUCAACAAAAUUCUCGCACACCGGCCAUGGCUUUUGAACAAAGAGCACAUUGAGCGUUUAAAAACCGGACCAAACAGUUGGUCGCUAUCGGAAGUAGUGCAUGCUAUAGUUCUACUGUCACAUUUUCACUCAUUAUCGUCAUUUGUGUUUUCAUGCGGUUUGACACAAGAGUUGGACCCAUUGUCUAGUCAAAAAUACAAUAAAGUCAUUAAGAAAGAUAGCGGCAACUCAUCACCGCCGGGCCGUUGGGGCUUUGGAUUCCGUUCCAAUUCAAAUGCAUCGAUUUUGGGUCGACAAGAAGUGAGUGUUGAUGCUUUGAUGCAACGCAUGCGCACACUUUCACAGAAGCAGGACGAAUGCAGCGAAACUGAGCUGAACGCUCGCUUCAAAACCGUCGAAAUGCAGGCCCACGAAUUAGUUGAAUCCAACAAAGAGCCAAUCGUUGAAAUCUCGGAAAAUAUCAAUCAUUUCAUCGAAGAUCCAUUGUUUACAUAUCAAGAUUUUACACGGCGCGGUGCCGAAAAUGUGCCAAGUACAUUCCGUGUACAAGACUAUUCGUGGGACGAUCAUGGUUUUUCAUUAGUGAAUAGCUUGUACAACGAUGUGGGCCAUUUACUUGAUGACAAAUUUCGAAGUGCCUACAAUUUAACCUAUUUUACAAUGGCCGACAAAACCAAUGUGGACACAUCGAAAUUUCGUCGUGCCAUUUGGAAUUACAUUCAGUGCAUCUACGGAAUUCGACACGAUGACUAUGACUAUGGUGAAGUGAAUCAGUUGCUGGAGCGAUCAUUGAAAAUGUUCAUAAAGACGGCGUGCUGUUUUCCCGAGCGUAUAACGAAAAAAGAUUACGAUAGUAUUUUAACUGAGCUGAAGCACAGCGAAAAGGUUCACGUAAAUCUAAUGAUACUCGAAGCGCGAAAUCAAGCCGAACUGUUGUAUGCAUUGCGUGAAAUUAUGAGAUACAUGACAUGAUUAUAAUGGCCCCGUCAGCUGCUUUGAAUUGAUCCCAUUUAUAUAUAUACACAUAAAAUUAUAACCGAUUUUAAAUUCGUAGUAGAGAUUGUAAAAGUGUUUUCUUUAGAGACUUGUUAUGUGUCGUCGACGUCGUCAGGGAAUCUAUUUAGAAAAGAUGAUCUAUUGUUUUCCAUGCAGACUUGAUAUCAGCCAACAUACAACCGGUUUCAUUCUUUCUAAUACUUUUUUUUACUGAACAAAUGGAGAUUUCUUGUAUUCGGCUCGAAAUGAAGUCUAACUAGAUGUAAAUGUGGAUGAUUAUGGCAAGGAAAAUUGUAUGCAAAGUAAAUGAAAUCAAUUUUAAUUUCAAAACUAAAUUUUUAACAAACGUCAUCUCUUAAUCAAUAUCUGUUGGUUCGCCAAGAAAAUGCCUAGAAAAAAAUUGUAAAAUUUCCUUUCUUUUUUUUGUCUCUAUUUUAAACUCAUUUAUAAAAUAUGUUAAUUGUCAUCUCUUUAUUUCUAUAUGAUACGCAUCAACUGUGACCAACUAAAUCACCAAAAUUGUCAGUUAUAAAAACGAAUGUUAAAAUAUAAACGACCGAUUCAUUCAUUGAAGAAGAAUACAAAAAAUUCAACUCGAUUUUGUUAUCACAUACAAUUUUUUUAAAUGAACGAAAUUUAUUCUCAAUUUAUUUACGUACGUUUUUAUCUUUCAUUUGCUUUUGUUCAUGUAAUUUAGAUUUUCGUUAUUAUCUUUUUUUGUUUCCUCUUAUUUUUCUGUACGUCAACUUUUGCAAACGCGAUCGCUAACGUGUUCGAACGAUUUAAUCAAAUGCAUACAUUUUAUAUAUUUUUUUUUUAAAUCAAAAUGAUUACUGCAAUAAUGUUCCACAUUAACACAUAACAAAUAUAUAUACUUUAAAUAUCUAUAUCUAUACAUAUAUAUAUAUUUUUUAAAUGAGUCAUAGGUCUAUACGUAUAUACAAUCACAAAUUAUUACAACAACAAAAUAUAUACACAUCAAAAUAAAAUUAAGCAAAGAAAAUGAACCAAAAAAAAACAAACAAACAAAUGAUCAAUGAGCGAAAGAAAAUACAAGAAAAUCAAUUGAAUUGA